AUGCUGCCGGACGUGGCACCAUCCGAAAAGUGGAGGAACUUCCUUCACCAAUGUUUAGCGCAUCGCAUAGACGUGGACGAGUUCAGAGAAUUGUCGAAGUUGAUGCUCGUCCGCUCUCAUGUUAGCGAAAGCGAGCUACUUGAUCUACUUUUGGAAGCGCGCGGAACAUCAUCCAUCAAUUGGGAUCCACUUCUCCCUGUUUAUGUCGAUGGCCUCUGUAAGGCGGGACAAGUUAAAUCGUCUUCAGCAUUAACAAGUCUUCUCAAACAUUCGUCAAUCCGCAACAAAAAUGAACCCGGGAGCAAAACUUCUACUUUGAUGACCGAUGUCAAAGUCAUUCAAGAUGUUAUGCUCUCUAUCUCCACUGGGGCUAUGCCGCAGACUGUUAAUGAAGCCGCUGAGCUUUAUUCUGCUACCGUGGAAUGGAUAUUUGCUGUUGUUUCGUGGCACAACAACAAUCCAGAUAUGUCACAACAAGAAGGAAACCUGAUGAGUUCCCCCGAUGCCAUUUCGUUGAUUGAGUCGCUUGGCAUUCUACUAGCUGCGCUGUCGGGUACGACAAAGGGGCUGGAAACUCUUUCCAGUGACUCUCAAAGGGGUGCUUUGAAGGGAUUGAAGCAAAAGCUCGGUCAGGCUCUCUCUGCCUAUAUUCCUCUCUCUGUCGAUGUCUCAUUGCCUCUUCGACAGCGACUUGAUGCACUCCAGAAAGAAUUUAAUCUUUAUGGCGAACAAUCCUCCAAAACAUUGGAUCAUUCUAUUGAAGGCAUGAACGUCAAUUCGCUUCAAUUUGAAGCAUCCGUGAUGAAUGGUCCAGUCAUUAACACCAGAGCUGGUCUCUAUAUUUACUUGAACUCUAUGCUAGUGGGUCGGCCGUUGGUCGAUGACUCUAUGCUCAUCAACUUCCUCUCAAACAGAUACGAGGGUCACCAAGAAGUUCUUGUCAUAGAGUUAACCACAGCUGCCUUCGAUGUCUUGUGCAAUGGUCUGCACCGCAAUGAGUCUAAUCGGACAAUGUUUCUCUUCCGCUCAUUCUUGGUCAACAAGCUUCCUGCAUUUUUCGCAGCUAUGACGGCCGCAUCUAUGGUCCCGAUUAAUAUGGAAAUGUGUGUCUCACAAGUGCUGAGCCGUUUAGACCCAAAUUCGUUUCCAUCCUUGUCCCAGAUGUUCUCGAUGCAAGGCAGUAGCAUUCUUUCAGAUGCUCGACAGGAUUUCCUAUUUGCCUGUGCAUCUCAUAGGUUGGUUCAGGAAUCCAGCAUCGAGCGACUCCUGGGAGAAAACCCGAUGCAAACCUUGCCUGUGGGAGGUCCGUACCAAAAGGACGAGCUCAUCUCUCAAAUCAACAAUACCCCUGAACGUGUAGAUCAAUUGAUUGGUGAAAUUGAGUUCAUGAAAGGAGAUGCAGGGGCCAUCGUCGGUGCGAUAACUGAGGUUAUGUUUCACCUUUGCAAUGGGAGGGAAACAAUUGCAUUGAAGAAUAUUUGCAACGCUCUUUCCCGGCGCCCGCAAACUUUGGAUGUAAUUUUACUCUUCCGGACUACAAAGCAGGUCUUGCAGCCUCUCUGCAUGCUCCUCGACUCCUGGCGGUGGGACGAAGAGCAAAGUGAGAACCAGCCAGUCUACGACGAAUUCGGCAGUAUUUUAUUACUUGUACUUGCCUUUAAAUAUCGCUACGAUCUGAGCGCAUCUGACCUAGGGAUUUCGAAUAACGAUUCCUUCGUAUUGAAGUUGUUGGACCGAGGCACUUCCAGUCAGAAGCUUCACGAGCUCACUGACAAGCAAAAUAAGGAUCUCGGAGCAUGGAUUGGAGCUCUAUUUAUAGCAGAGGGUAUUAACGAAGAAACCAUGUCUUCUUGCAGCCCGCAGGAAUUCUACCUACUUGUGACGACGCUCUUCGACCAAAGUCUUGGGGCUUGUGAGUCGGAGAAGAUGGAUUUCGAUACAUUAAAGGGGGGACUUGAAUAUCUGCUUGAACCUUUCUUACUCCCGUCACUGGUGAUCGCCCUGACUUGGCUCGGCAACCACAUUUGGGAAUCAGAGAACGAACCCACAAUUCCUUUGAAAACACUUCUCUCCUUGGUCAAGCCAAAUUCCAUCUCCGGUGAAGCGCAAGCAAUUCAUCAAACCGUUCUCAGCAUAACCGCUCGUCCUCUCGAAGAACGCCUGAAGGAUGUACGAACAAGGCACCAGUCUCGCUCCGACAUAAAACCGGUCCUAGACGCGAUCGAUCCAUACCUCUCAUUCCGACGAGUUGGCGCAUGUCAUCGCACAGAACUCGACGGCUGGGCAGCACAAACAGCAGGUGGCUUGGCAGGGAGCAUCCGAAAUACCUUACAGUCAAUGGUAAUUUGGAGUACCAAUUCCGAUAUAAACAUGGCGCCGCAGUCCUACUCUCAUCGUCAAAUUCUAGCGGGGAUUCGUAUUCUUGGCGCUUCGCGUGUCCUGGAUAUCUUACUCGAUGAAUUAAAGUCCCAAACCGAAGCCGGCAGCGGAGACUUAGCUCUCGACAUUGCAGCAGCAAUUAUAUCUGCCCCGAUGCCAGAGUCUUUUGCUGUGGACCAAAGUAUUUGCCAUCCCAUGGAUCUCACAAAAGAAUCCCCGCCUCGUUGCUCGGUUCUCACCUUGAGAGAUUCUCUAGCUGUUCAGCAUGAGAAUGUUCCUAGGGUCUCGGAGAAGGACUCACUCCGCGCAGAGAUUAUUGUUCGUCUCUGGCGCCGCGUUAGCGUGUUGAUGGCUCCUCCAUCCCAGGUCUCUAAUAUUGAUGUCAGUAACAUCAUUCAAAACAUGGAUCUCGGCGUUGAUGGUCAAGACCGUAUGGAUCUCGAACCUUCUAGUGGGGUUGGUGGUACUGGUAUGGUAGACGAUGACUCGGAUAAUAUCAAUCAAAUGCUUGAUAACGCCGCGGCUGCGGCUGCAGCUGCAGGAAUGGAGGGCAAUGUCGGAGUAGGACAAGAUCUGGGGCAGGACAUGGGUCUGGAUGCUGGGACUGCCGGAAUGGAUGCUAUUGACGAUGUGCUUAAUGCUGCAGAUAUGGCAGUUGGGAACCCCGAAUUCUUGGAUUUGGAUAUGGAAGGAAUGUUCUAA